AUGUCACAGAGACUAGAAAAAUGGGAAUCUCGACUCGAACUUCUAGAAAGGAAGGUUGAUGGACUAAAUGAUCUUCAAACUGAGAAUGAAAAGCUGAAAAAGGAUCUCAUUCAAAUGGAGCGGAACUUUGAAGUUCUAGACCAAAGUAGCAGACAAUUUAAUAUAGAAAUCCAAAACAUUCCCGAAAACAAAGGUGAGGACCUAAUUGGCAUGACACGGAACAUCGGCAGCCUUGUUGGAGUGGACGUGCCCCUGGACAGUAUCCGGAGCGCCCACCGCGUGGCGCCGGCCGUGCAGCGCGACGGCGGCGGCGGCGCCCGGCCCAGGAACGUGGUGGUGCAGCUGGCCACGCGCCGCCUGCGGGACGCGCUGCUGGCGGCCGCGCGCGCGCGCCGGGACCUCUCCACGGAGCAACUGGCUCUACCGACACCAGCACGACGGUUCUUUGUCAAUGAACACUUAACCUUUAGAAACAAAGUGCUCUACUCGAAGGCUCGUGCCGAACAAAAGUCUAAAGACUAUAAGCACAAACUCAAUAUGAAGACUAACAAAAAAAGUGCUAAUCUUAAACUGGGAUUAUUAAACGUUUGCUCACUAAAUACUGGUUGUGAUGAACUACAGGUUAUGAUGGAUAGGCAUGCACCAGAUAUUCUGGCUUUAAAUGAAACAUGGACAAAAGAGGGACAGGAAGUGUAUGCUCCAGUAAUACCAGGUUACACACUAAGGAAUACACCUCGGCCGGAUGAUAAAAGAGGCGGUGGUGUCGGCUUCUAUGUGCGACGCGGACUGCGCGUCCGCCACAAGCCGCACCCCCCCUCCGCGCUCGAGCAGAUGUGGCUGGAGCUGACAGUGAGAGGCGCGGGCCGCAUCGCCAUCGGCACCGCGUACCGCCCCGGCUCCGGGCUCUCGCCAAGUGCCGCCAUCGACGCGCUCAGCGAGUCCGUAAGUAUGUUUGGCUAUUGUGACUACAUAUUGAUCUUUUCGGAUUUCAAUGUUGAUUUACUUAAACCUAACGUGGAUGCGGCCCCUGAACUACUAUCAUUUUUCAAGCAACAAAAUCUAUUCCAACUAGUUCAGGAGCCAACAAGAGUUAAAAAUGGAUCAUCCACCCUGUUAGACCUUGUAAUAACUGACAGUCGAGACAUCUGCAAAUCUGUGAGUGUACACCAUAACCAUAUUUUAAGUGACCAUGGUCUGGUAAUGACCGAAUUUAAUAUUAAAAAACCGCCAAUUCCACCAGUUUUUAAAUGGAUACGGGCCAUUAAUAAAAUCGAUAAUGACUUAUUUCUUAAAGAUCUACAUGCUAUGCCAUGGGAGGACGUGAACGAACAGGAUAAUAUAGACGAUAUGGUAAAAGUGUUUAACUAUUUAUUGAAUUUAAUUUUUGAUGAACAUGCACCACUACAGAAAGUCAAAAUUAAAGAAAGCCCUAGUCCCUGGAUUACUGAUAAUAUUAAAUUAAUGAUGUCACUACGCGAUAAAGCGCUUCAUCGAGCAAAUCGUACCCAAAAAGAAUCGCAUUUCGCAUACUACAAGGAUAUGAAAAAUAUGGUCACUAGCAGUGGCGGCUGCACCUUAAGUGCGCCCGUGCAACGCACUACCAUUUAA